UAAAAAAGGGUUUUAUUGGAUUGUACUUGUCCUCGAAGAUUAUCUGUUUUUUGGAAAUUAGGGUUCCGAAGUGUUGCCAUUUGUUAUGAUGAUUGAUCUUUGUUGUGUUUUCUUUUUUUAAAGUUGUUGAUGUUGAAGAGCUAGGCCUUUCCUUUGUCUUGUUUUUUAUUGUUGCCUCUAGAACAGGAUUGGGGUGAUUGCCUUCUUUGCCUUGCUUUGUUUUCUGAAUCCUUUUAUAUGUUCCUAAGGUCUCUCUGAUUCAUGUGCACGUUGAGAACUGUUUGCUGGAAAAGUGCUUGGAUUUAGUUUGAUAUACUGAUUUGCCAUGGCUAGCAUGACCCUCCCUACCACCUGUGCCAUGACCAAUAUCCCAUCUUCACGGAACACCUCUGGUCUUCACAUCAAAGCUCCCUCUUCUUUGGGCACAAUACGGAACAUCUCAAGGGCCUUUGGGUUAAAGAAGUCCUCUGUCUUCAGGGUCCAAGCAAUGGCCACUUACAAGGUCAAGCUUAUUGGCCCCGAUGGGGUCGAGCACGAUUUUGAAGCACCUGAUGAUUCCUAUAUUUUGGACUCAGCUGAGGUUGCAGGGGUUGAGCUCCCUUACUCUUGCAGGGCUGGUGCUUGCUCCACUUGUGCAGGCAAGAUUGUGGAGGGAACAGUUGAUCAAUCCGAUGGGUCCUUUCUUGAUGAUGAGCAGCUCGGCAAGGGUUAUGUGCUCACUUGCGUCUCGUACCCCAUUUCAGAUUGUGUGAUUGACACCCACAAGGAAGGUGAACUCUACUAACUUCAGAUUGUGUGAUCCACACCCACAAGGAAGGUGAACUCUACUAAGAGGAUGCACUCUCUCUCUCUCUCUCUCUCUCUCCCAGCUUUUUUUAAGUGAAUAUCUCCUGAGAACUGUCUUUGCACGCUUAGAGCUGGGAGAAUGUGAACUUGGGAUUAUUUUUGUUCAGAAGACUUGAAAUUAACUGUUAGUGUUUGGUUUUGGGUUAUCAAAUGAUUGGAAACUUGGUUAAAAGACCUGAUGAGGGUGAAAUUUCAGAAAUGUUUGUCUUCAUUGGUACUCUUGUUGGUCCUCUGGUUUUCUUGCUCUGCAUAUUUGACUUUGGCCUUUCAUUGUUUUCACAAGAGUGCAGUUGUUAGGCUACUAAAAGUGCUUUGUGGAAGCAAUAGCAUAAUUGGCAUC